UUGUCACCAAGAUGCCUAGGAUCUAGGCUGAGUUCUCAGUCCUUCAGAUUGGCUGUUGACGGCAUGUCUUCUCAACUAGAGUUUGACUGAGAAGCGGGGAAAAAGAAUUACGCCCCGGAAUUGGUCAUGAGAUUGAACAUCCCCUUCUUAUCACUUUUUUGGUUAUGAGGUCCCAUAUGGGUGGACGGCAUGUACUGUAGUAACGCCUAUCUUUCCUAGCAUGCCUGGAAUAUAACACUCGAAGGUUUCUCUCUCUGCUUUGUGGGUGGACUUUGUCACGUAUUUUGUUACCAUUGACGUCUAUACCAACCACAAUUGAUGAGUCACUCAUUCUUGCAUGAGGACGCGGGCAUGGCCUCCAAGUCUAUUGACGUUGGAGAACAAAGCUAUGAGGACGCUCGGGAUAUGGUCGCCUUGGGCCAUGCAGAAGAAUUGACAAGGAAAUUCUCGCCAUGGAGUAUGUUCGCUCUUGCUUUUAGCAUUCUCGGCACAUACGCGACCUUUGCACAAGACCUGGCGUCUGGAUUGACCAACGGUGGUGCUAUCACUAUUCUGUGGGGUCUCGUUCUGGUCUUUGUAUGCAACCUGUGCGUUGCACUUAGCUUGGGCGAGCUCUGCAGUGCCAUGCCGACUGCCUUGGGACAGGCGUACUGGAUGCACUUCUUAUGGCAUACCCCAACAGGAAGAUUCGCAUCAUACAUGUGUGCUUGGAUCAACACUUUCGGCUGGUGGACUCUCAAUGCCUCACUCGUGGCUUUUGCAACCAACUUCCUGCUAGGAAUCAAGCUCAUGUACGAUCCGGAAUGGGCAGGUGCUGGCACGGGAUGGGUCGAGUUUCUAGUCUACCUGGGCAUUACGAUUCUGUUCACAGGCUUCAACCUGGUGGCCUGCAGGAAUGACAAGAUAUUGCCCUGGUUCAACAACAUAGUCGGCAUCCAAUUUGCUGCCCUCUUCUUCAUCAUCGGCCUUGCCUUGGUCAUCUCUGUUGGCACCAAACAAGGCCUUGAGUUCCAGCCCGCUUCGUUCGCGUUCGGUGCCUGGAUCAACCAAACCGGAUGGCCCGACGGCUUAGUCUGGUUCACGGGCCUUGUCCAGGCCGCCUACGGUUUGACAGCAUUCGAUUCGGUUGUCCACAUGGUUGAAGAACUUCCGAACCCUCGCGUAAAUGCUCCCCGUGCAAUCUGGCUGUCGGUCACUAUUGGCGCCAUUACUGGCUUUAUCUUUAUGGUCGUAUGCCUCUUCUGCAUACAGGAUCUCGACACUGUCAUCAACACACCGACCGGCCUCCCUUUCAUGCAGCUUGUGCACGAUUGCGUAGGUCUCGAAGGUGCUAUUGUAUUGAUGGUACUUUUCACCAUGAACAGCUUGGGCCAAGGAAUCUCCAUCACGACCACUGGCAGUCGAUUGACAUGGGGCUUCGCUCGCGACAAUGGCUUGCCAUUCUCUAAGUACAUCAAAAGAGUCAACAAGAAGUGGAAGGUUCCGCCACAGGCCCUGCUGGUCCAAGGCGUCCUUAUCGGGCUUGUUGGUGUCCUAUACCUGUUCGCGAACACCGUCCUAGAGGCCAUCUUGGGUGUUGCUACCAUCGCCCUGACCAUCUCCUACGCCAUGCCCAUAUUGACGCUACUGCUUGUGGGCCGCAAUAAAUUGCCUGCUGGCGGACAAUUUGGGCUCGGCAAAUGGGGAGCAGUGAUCAACUGGGUUAGUGUGGUCUAUUGUGUCAUCACAACAGUCAUCUUCUUCUUCCCUGGCGGACCGAAUCCGUCUGUAGCAGAUAUGAACUGGGCUAUUGGUGUCUUUGGUGUCAUGCUUGUCGUUUCUAUAGUCUUUUGGAUUGUCAAAGGACGCAAGACUUAUCUUAGGGUCGAUCCAUCCGAGGGACUCGUGUUGGAAGCGCUGCAUCUGGAGGAUAGCUACACGCAAGCUCCUGAGCCAUCACAAGUAGACCGAAAGAGUCUGAAGUAAUGAUGAAUUAAUGAUAGCGCUUAUGUAUUAUACCGUGUUUUGAUCUAC